GAGAAUCGUGUCAGAGUAUGAGAGGACCAUUGCACAGAUGAUUGACGAUGAGCAGAAGGAUAAGUCUCUGUCUCACCACACCAUCCAGCAGCUGACCGUAGAGAAAGACCAGGCUCUUUCAGACCUCAACUCAGUAGAGAAGAGUCUGGCUGAACUGUUCAGACGAUACGAGAAGCUGAAGGACGUCCUCGAGGGCUACCGCAAGAAUGAGGAGGUGUUGAAGAAAUGUGCUCAGGAGUACCUGUCCCGGGUGAGGAAGGAGGAACAGCGUUACCAUGCCCUGAAGAUCCAUGCCGAGGAGAAACUAGACAGGGCGAACUCUGGCAUCGCCCAGGUGAGGAUGAGGGCUCGUCAGGAGACAGCAGCGUACCAGGCCUCUCUCAGGAAGGAGAACAUGAAGGUGGACUCACUGGAGAGAACCCUAGAGCAGAAGAACAAAGAGAUCGAAGAGCUGACCAAGAUCUGUGACGAGCUGAUCGCCAAGAUGGGGAAGAGCUAGCGACGCUGAACGCGUCCUGCCCAUGUCUCCAGGGCCUCAGGGGGACUGAGUGGUGGAGGAAAACAGAAGAAGGACAGAGAGAGGAAGUUUCCUCUUCGACUCCCAUCCCUGGACAGAUGGAUUUAACUGCUGAGGAUGACAGACUAUUUCCAUGUAUCUACUGGCGACAUCGCCCCCAAGAGUAUUGGAGGGUAACUCCUGGUCAAUGGCCUCCUCACCAUGUACAGUUUGAUGUGCCAAUGUGUACCACGUAUCCUGUAUCAAUGGUUUGGUGAAAGGGACUUCAAAAUGGUUGUCAUGAAUGAGAGAGAGAGUGUGUGGGUCGUGGGUCGUGGGUGGUUGUGUGAUUGAUUGAAGACAUCAAAUGAUGUGAAAGCCUUGGAUGAAAAGAAAAACAGCAAUAUUUUGUGUGUAUAUAUAUAUACACACUGAGUGUACAAAAUAUUAAGAACACCUUCCUAAUAUUGAGGCCACCUUUAGCCAUCAGAACAUGCUCAAUUCGUCGGGUCAUGAACUCUACAAGGUGUUGAAAGCGUUCCACAGGGAUGCUGGCCCAUGUUGACUUCAGUACCUGGUUCCACAGGGAUGCUGGCCCAUGUUGACUUCAGUACCUGGUUCCACAGGGAUGCUGGCCCAUGUUGACUUCAGUACCUGGUUCCACAGGGAUGCUGGCCCAUGUUGACUUCAGUACCUGGUUCCACAGGGAUGCUGGCCCAUGUUGACUUCAGUACCUGGUUCCACAGGGAUGCUGGCCCAUGUUGACUUCAGUACCUGGUUCCACAGGGAUGCUGGCCCAUGUUGACUCCGAAACCUCGUUCAGAGGCACUUACGUUUUUCCCAUUCACCCUCUGAACGACACACGUACACAAUCCAUGUCUCAAGGAUUAAAAAUCCUUCCUCCCCUUCAUCUACACUGAUUAAAGUGGAUUUAACAAGUGACAUCAAUAAGGUAUCAUAUCUUUCACCUGGAUUUACCUGGUCAGUCUGUGUCAUGGAAAGAGCAGGUGUUCCUAAUGUUUUGUCCACUCACUGUAGAUGACAGACUAAAUCAACGAAUCGUUCAGUUAAUAAGAGAACUGCACGUGGAAGUGUCAGCAUAUAAACUUGUUGUUGUGAAUAGGUAAUGGGGCUGAUUAGAAUGAUUUAAUAAAAAUACACUAUUCUGUCUGUUUAAAUGUCUUCCCUGGAUCGGGAAAUCUUUCAGAUGCUCUUUGCUGCAUAUUUCGUCAUAACUUUCUUAUUUUUAAUUUGGAUAUUAUUUAUAAUGAAAAAAGUAAUUGUUACUGUAGUAAUCAGCUGUUGGGACAGAGGGCAGUUCAUUAAUUACAUUUCUGACCGGUAUGUCACAGUCCUGCUAUGGUCGAUGUCUUCACAGGAAGGGAGGCAUUGGGGAGAGAAAUAAAAGAGCUCUGCACAGCUCCACACCUGGGUUCAAAUAAUAUUUGAAAUCGUUCCACAUUUUCUCUAGCCUGGCCCGGGAGUGACAAAUUGCAGGUCUGAGACUAUUUGUUUGGUCUCUUAAAGACUGGAAAGGUCGAUCGAGCACAGAUAAAGUCAUUGAAAUGAUUUCGAAUAGUGUUUGAACCCUGGUCUCAUCUUCUUACAACGCGCAAUAAAGGAUGGCAUUUAAA